CGAUCUGCAGAUAAUGGAAAAGAAAAAAGUGUUGAUUUUUGGACAUUCGCUUGUUCACUGGCAAGGGAAAUAUUAUUCUUCUAAUUUGAAACUAAAUUCAAAUGAAUUUAUUAUAAAUUUCCGCGGAGUGCGCGGGGCUAAUCUUUUCUGGAAGCCGUCUGACAAUAAACGAUUCCAAAAGAAAUCAAUGGCUAGAUAUCUCUGUGACGCGGUAAAAGAUACAAAACCCCAAAUCGUGUAUCUGCAAGUGGGAGGCAAUGACCUUGAUAGAUCGUUUGUUUCUGUGGAAGAUGCAGUUGUCGCAACUCUAAGUUUAGCGGAAUUCCUAUUAGCCGGUUACGGAGUGGAAAAGGUCUGCAUUGGACAUGCUUUCCAUCAGCGACUGAAAUCAAAACUUCCCUCGUAUAAUAUCAGGGCUAGGAAAUACAAUGCUCUUUUAACUAAAAAAGUGACUUUGUUGUCGAAUAUCAGUGCCAUUUCAAAUCGAGGAUUUGCAUUAGCCUCACAAGCUAAUUACCGUAAAGAUGGAAUUCAUUUAUCAAACUUUGGAAUUUCAUUAUGGGGAAGAAACCUCAGGCGAACAAUAAUAUUUGUACGGGAUACAAUUUUAUAAAUACCACGAAGCGUAAGUGUUACAAUUAAUUCAUUUAUAUUUGUUAUGCAAACGCAUCUGCUAAUAUCAUUUCCAUUUAUCUGCAGAUCCGUAUACGAUAUAUUAUAUGGGGUUCACGAAACCACAUUUUGUUUAUUGUUAUUGUCAUUGUACUUGGUCACGCAUAUUCUGAAAGACCAAUACUCUACACUUAGAUUGUCCAAUUGAUGCAUUAUAUAUUUAUAUAUAUAUAUAUGAAGCCAUUAUUAAGCGGCUCUUGUCGCUCUUUAUUUGCUAUAAUUGGGUGGACGAAAGUAUUAUUAUACUCAGGACGCUUGUCCAAAAAAUGGCGAUUGCCAAUAAAAACCUUGUGCAUGUAAAAUGUAUUUUGCGGUUAUUUUCGCAUUGGUAAUACUUUACGUACAUGGGAUAUUCUGUCCAUAUCCAAUUUGCAUUCGGGUUUAUUAACCCAUAUCAUUUUAAUUGGUGGACGCAUAUUAGUAUAUAUCAUACGCUGGAUGCUUGUCCAAAAAUUGACGAUUGUCUGAAAAAAUAUGCGUCCAAAAUGUACUUUUGCGGUUAUUAUCGCAUUGGUAAUCCUUUACCUACAUGGGAUGUUCUGCCGAUAUCCAAUUUGCAUUCGGGUUUAUUAAACCAUAUCAUUUUAUUUGGUGGACGCAUAUUAGUAUAUAUCAUACGCUAGACGCUUGUCAAAAAAUUGGGGAUUACCGGAAAAAAUAUGCGUCAAAAAUGUAUUUUGCGGUUAUUAUCGCAUUGGUAAUACUUUAAAUGGAAUAUUCUCUCCAUACCCAGUCGGCACCUGGGUCUAUUAACCCUCAAUCUAUAGUGUAUUUUUCAAUUGUAGGCAUCUUGGUUUAUCCGUUCUUAAAAUGAUUCUUAAUAAUCUGCUAUUAUUUGUUUUACAUGUAAUCAUGGAUGCCUCAAUUAAUUUGGCGCUUAAAACACCAAUAAUUUAAUGUGUAAUACAUGCAUUGCUCCUAAUACUUUUAUGUAUCAAUUACAUCUAGCUAAGUUUUACUUCCAGUAAGAUGCCACCCAAAAGGAAAUCGUCCAAUCCAUCGCCACCAGCUAAACAACCCUGUUUAUCAGAAGACGAUAAAGAGGAUAUCGUGGCCCGCCUGCUUGCAGGGUUUAAAAAACAGCAGGAAGAGGAACUGGAACAAAACAACCCGGAGUGUGCACAAACAACAAACUCGGACGACGAUUCUGAAUCAGACAACGAAGUGUCAUUUCAUCCCAAUCAUGCUAUUAGACGGGCAGCGAAUACAUUGCUAGGCGGUCCGGGUAUACCCCUCCACGUUGGCAUAGACAAGAAAUUUGUUAAACUGAUUCUAUCCGAUGGUUAUUUUGAUAUUGCUCAUCUUCUGAGCAGACAUGACAACGUAGAGGGGUCUAUGAACUACAUGUAUACGGUCAAAUCUGACGCUUCUACAACAAUUCAACUCAAUCCGGUAAAGCCAAAAAAAACAAAUCAAAUCUAUGGAACAGUGGACAUCAGCCUUUCAUAUUUACAUGUCCGUGUAUACACAGGCACACCCUGA